GCCUCUCGUCCCCACACGCCUGAUUCCACACCGGCUUUUUGCCCUCCCCGCCGUUCUCUCCAGGAAUGAAACCAGUCGAUCCUGCUGGUGAUGCCCGUCCACCCAUAAAGAUCUCGAUCAAGUUCAAAUCGACAUCGUCGCCAUCGUCGUCGUCGUCCUCGCCGCUGCAGCUCCCGAAAAAGCCAACCAGCCUCAAAUCCCUCGCCAGCAAUGGCGACACGGAUCCGGCCGAGCUUGCUCCCGAUUGGUCUGCGUCGUUACCAUCCAAGCCCUCAAAGUCGUCCUCCGAGACCCCAAAGAUCAAACUCAACCUCAAGUCAUAUGCUGUCUCGGAUGCCUCCAAGAGAACGCCACAGGCUCCUGUAGAUCGAUCGCGGCCAGGAUCUCGGACGGACGAUCGGCCUGCGGGGGCUGUCCCGCACCACGGCCGCUUGGAGGAGGAGGACCAAGUUGUGAGCGACGUCGAGGAAAGCGGCAGUCAGCCCAUUUCGAGAUACGACUCGCGGCAGCAGUACUCCUCGAAAGGACUGGAUCGAGGGCCCAAGCCCUCACGCGAAUCGUCGCUGGCCUCCCUCGUCGAGACCCAGAGCCCAGCACCCGACACGCCCUUGACUCACAGCCAUCAUCUGUCGCAACAAGAUAUGGAAUCGGACUCGGAGCUCGACAUCGACGAGGACGACGAUGAUGUAAAGGCAGACUUGGGACGUACCAUCGUGCAUUACUCGGAGGGCGACCUUGCAAGCGACGCCGGAAUCGACAGCCAGUCCAUAAGCGACCUUCCCGACGACCUUGCCAAUCCAGACUCGAAACGGAAUCGCCCUCGCCGCGUUCGGGGCAAGUUUGCAUCCAAGCCCAAGAAGAGGGCCGCUCCUGGCAGCACUGGAACCGGUGGAGCCGUCAAGCCCAAGAAAAAGGGACUCUACGCUGCCCUCGAGAAGAUCGCUGCUUCGCUAAGGAGCCGUGAUCAAUACGGAUUCUUUCUCGAGCCUGUCGACACCACGAUCGUGGAGGACUACCUGACUGUCGUCGACACACCCAUGGAUCUGGGAACCAUGACCAACAAAGUCACCGAGCACGUCUACAGGACGAUCGAUGAGUUCCAGGCCGACUUUGCGCUUGUGGUCAAGAACGCAAAGACAUACAACGCACCAGAUACUCUUUAUUGGAAAGCAGCCGAUCGCCUUGAGUAUUUCGGAACCAAGCUCAUCGAGAACCAUCGACCAAGCAUCGUCGACGAAAUGACGCGCGAAGAGCUCGUCGCUUGCGGGCUUCUCCCAAGCAGCGCCUAUUCGGUCGGCCCCGACGCCCUCAAGUCCCUGCUUGCAAGCCGGACCUCCGAUGCAGACCUGGACACGAUGAUGGCAGAGCUGGGCAGCGCUACGGGCGCCAAUGAAAGCGUGGAUGGACAGGAGGCUGAUGGAAAGAAAAAAAAGCCCAUGAAGAGCACCUUCCGCCAGACAAUAUUGGAGGGCAUGCGCCAACGACUGCGAUGCGAUGGCAGCGCCAUACUGCCUCCAAAGAGUGCGGGUGUCCCGCCGCCGUACCAGAAGUUGCAGGCCACCACCCACUUUGAGAGCUUCAUGAGCUACGAGCAGCCCGCCCAUGUCUAUCUGCACGAUCCCGAACAGCCUUUGCGGCAUCAAAGCCCGUGGCCUACACUCAGCGAGAAAGAGGCGGCCAAGCGCUCGCUGCUGCCCUCUGGCCCGGAGACACAAGUAGACCCCUUUGUCGUGGCGGUGUAUGGCGAUCAGCUGGGCCAAGCAUAUGUCUCCAGCCUCGAAGACUUUACUCGGGAUCUGCCAGUGGCGGGCAGGCUCUAUGCCCGCAAGCUGGUCAAUCGCCUCACCAAAGGAGCUCAUGAUCUUGCUCAUCACGCCCACCAGCUGAAGCGCCGUCGAGACGCAGGGUCAACCUAUGCGACUGGGGUCAAGGCGGGGCACACGGUGCACACCAAGACCGACGUCGCUGAAGCUGCGACCACCGGUCCAAAGAUGAUCCCGGCUCGCGCGCCAUCGAACCCCAACUCUGAUGCUGUCAUGGACAUUGACCAAGGGCCUGCCUCUACCCUUGCCCGAGACGCUCCUCAGGCCGGCCAAGGUGGAUCGGGCGCCAGUCAAGCCGAUGGCACCGAGGGAUGCCCGGUCGUCAAACUGGAGCCGUCUGUCGAGAUCAAGCGGCAAGACGAGGAUGCCAGUGACGCAGAUCGGCGGCCAGCCAAGAAACCGCGACUGGACCAGGCUCUCGACUCGGCAGCGGAGGCGCUUGUCAUCGACACAGAGUUUGGUCCGAUCGACCUCGAGCGGGCCCUCGCAGAUUAUCUCGUCAGCGAGCAGCGGCUGAUACACCAAUGUGACCUGGAGCACUGGCGCCGCGAAGGCAUCGACGUUACGCCGCUCAUUGUCCCGCCGAGCACCCCGAUCAAAUCCAACAUCAUGAACGACACCAACUAUGCGCGGGAGCUGACCGGCAACGACCUGGCCACGCUGUUGCUUGGCAACAAGAAGGACUUUGAGGUCAUUUUCAAGGCCGUGUCGGGGCGCCAGAACAACUCGGGUGGCACGGGUCCCAAAUCUGCCCAGCCAAAGCUCUCGUCGCUGGCCCAGAUCGCUCCGCUCCCUGGCUCCGCACUUGCCCCCGUCAUCCAGACCGAAGACGAGCGCAUCCUCCAGGAGCGCAUCCGCCAUCGCCUGCUGCUGCUGGCACAGAAGCUGCCGCCUUCCGAGUUUUCCAACAAGCUCUAUGGGGCACCAGCCAUCGGCACAAGCAUGACCUCGCCUACGGCCAAGGAUCCUGGAAGCCCUGUCAGCCUGGCCACCGGUGGCCAACGCACAGGCACCAAGUCCACCCCACUCUCUAGUCUGAUCACCAAAACCCAUUUGCCUGUGUCGGCGCCUGGCGGACGGGCCGGGACAGCCGCCGCGAGCCCGUACGGCUCAUCCUUUCAACUCAAGAACCUGUCUCAGCCAACGGUGUCGAUACCCACCUCUACAUCCACUUCCGCCUCCACCACUGCAGCAGCAUCGAUGGGCGCAGGGACCGCACCUACGUAUCCCAAGGCUGGCCCGGCGAUAGCGCGCUCCGACGGCAAUGCAAACCUCGUGUACGCCCUGUCAGCGGCCGGUCAGACGCCAUCUAAACCCCACAUCGCCCAGACCCAACCCUCGCACCAACCGCAAAUGCAGCCACAGCACUCGCACCCGCAGCCUCAACAGCAACAGCUCAAGGUGCAGCAGCAGCAACAGCCGCAACAGUCGCUGACACAGCCACUUUUGCAGUCGCUGCAGAGCCAACUGCAGUCCCAGCUCUCGGCGCAAGCCACUCCCUCGUCAGCUCAAGAGCGCGGCUGAAGCAUCCUUCUCGCUCC